UAUCUGGAGCUUUUCCUUCGCCUUAGCUACCUCGCGGUGGUAUGGAGUCGGUAUUAAGUGCGAUUUCUUCCCACCCUUUUUAAUGUGUGUUACCGGUAAUUCUUGCAGGUUGUGUGUUUUACUGGUGAAAGUGGCAGUGGUAACUGACUAGGUUUACUGUAGUCAUGUCAGGAUCAGCCCCAGGGGAGCCUCAGACCUCCAACCCUCAGAGCACAGCUAGUGUUCCUGAUCCCGCUCCCGUUGCUGUUGGACCUGGAGGCUCAAGUGACGUUUCCUUUGGUGAGCAAAAUCUUAGCUUCACCACCACAGACGUCAGCCUUGUGGAGAUGAUGGAAAUUGAGUAUAGCCAGCUGCAGCGCAUGCUUUACUCACAUACGGAGGCACAAGCUAGUGAAGGUGAAGUGGAAGCCAGGCUCAGUUCUUUCUCUGCACCUGGUAAUUCUGCAGACCCCUCUCUGCACCAGACCUCACUCAACACCAGUCAGGAGGGGUGUUCGUCAAACAGCUCUGGGAACCAGUCGGUUUACCCAGUUACCUGUCAGUCAGGAUUACCUUCUGACAGCAAUUUGCGAAGUUCAAACCCACGUUUGGGCUAUGCUGACAUUCAGGAGCUCAGAAUGUUGUUACUUGGCGAGUCUAACCUCCAAACAGAUAAAACACCUAACAGUAGCUCUGUAGAAGUCCCGGGACACAGUUUAGUAAAAGUUAAACAUGAUGAAAAUUUUGCUGGGGCGAAUAAAGGAAACAUACUUGUUGAAAAUUCGGCACUGACACCAGAGCCUAGAUCUAAAUCUGCAGUCAGAGUUCGGUUGGAAGACAGAUUCAACAGCAUCCAGACAGAAAACCCCAGAUGUCAAGAUCCCCAAGAAUCUGGAAUAACUCGUAACAAUUUAGUAACGUUGAUUCGACAGCCGUCAGAACUGAUAGGUGUUCCUCUUCAUCAGCAAGAAAACAAGUGUGCUGUGUUAACAAAAAAUAAGACUGCAGCUGCCACCCCUGCUUUACAGUUUGCAUACCCCUUAUUAACUAUGAACACGUGUUCCACUGCUGGGAGUGCUAAUCCUUUACAAGCACAGGCCUCUGGAACGCCUUGCACUAUUUUGGAAGCUGCCAGACAUCAAGACCUUGGGAUACCCAAGGCAUUAUCCUUCUGCUAUCAGGAAAUUGAAUCCACAAAGCAGACAGUGGGUGCUAUGAAUAGAACUUUGCCUGAGGAAGUCUGGAUUAAAGUUGGAGAAGACACCUUAUCCAAGCAAGUGAUCAACAAAAGAAGCUGCAGCCGAAUGAGCCCGUCGGAUCCAACCAUAGACCGUAAACCUCUGGCUGAGAUUCAGAACAUACCUGAGGACAUUCAGAGCACUGGGGCUGCCCAGGGCCCUUGGCAGGCAGCACAGCCAAGUUCGAGUCUGCAGGUGCAAAGUGGUUCACAGGAUGGAAUCACUCAGCGCAGGGAAAGACACAACCGCCUGGAGAGAGACAGGAGGCGCAGGAUCCGGAUCUGUUGUGACGAGCUGAAUCUCCUGGUUCCCUUCUGUACUGUUGAUACUGACAAGGCAACUACUUUGCAAUGGACAACUGCAUUUCUCAAGUACAUCCAGGAAAGGCAUGGGGAUUCUCUGAAACAGGAAUUUGAGACUGUGUUCUGUGGUAAAACAGGCAGGAGACUAAAAGUACCAAGAUCAGACUCAUUUGUAACGUGUCCAGUGCAGGAAAACACACAUGGCUACGGAGACCAAGUAGUCUGAGCUGACUGCCUUGAAGUGCAUGACAAGUGUGGUUAACUAACAAUGGCCCAAACUGUAUUUUAGUUUCUCCAUUUACAUGCUGAGUGUGAAUUGCAAACAAUAACUUGUAAAAAUAUAUAAAUAGAGCUUUAAAGAAAAAAUUCCUUAUUAGAAAUGGAAAGUCAACUACCAGCAAUAGCAGUCAGUGCUCUGCUAAGGGGGCUUUGGGACCAGGAGCUACAAGAAAAUGUCUUGACAACUAAGUAUUUUUCCACUUCAGUUAUGAAAAAUAUGUUCUUUUUCUGUUUGUGGUUCUGCUUAGGUUUUUUUUGUUGUUGUUUUGUUGGUUGUAUUUUUUUUUAAUGAUCCAGUAGAAUUAGAAAUAGCUGUAGAACAUCCAUCUGUCCUGUUAUUUUAAAGACUAGCUGCAAAUGUAUUCUUCAAGUGUAAAAAGAAGUUACAGUUCCCAUCUUAUAAUUUUUCUAUUACAAAUUUAAAGGCUAUAUUGGUUAAUUAGGUGCACAGUUUCUAAACUGUCCUGCUAUUAUACAUUCCAUAUUUGCCAUAUACAUUUUAAACUACACAGCCCCAGAAAGUAACACAAUGGUGUUAGCUAUUUUUUUUAACACAGGACUAGUUUUGCUGUCUGUCACACAACUGUCCAACAGGUUCUUGUGUGGUUAUUUUAGUCCAAGAGUGGUAUAUUGUAAAAAGUAGAUUAUUUAAAUGCAGAAACUAUUUUCAUAUUUAAACAUUAAUAUGACUUCUUUGUUCAUAAGCUUUAGCAUACUAGGGCAGAAAUAGAGUAGUGUGUGAGCUGAGAGUGGUUUUCUUAUAUUUAUUAAUAGAUGAUGCUAGCAGGUUUUAAAGUACAAAAAGGUCUCCCAAAUACUGUUUAAAUCACGGAUACGGAAUUUUGCAGCAAUUUAUUUCCAGACAAUCCUAGUACAACCAGUUCUGGAAAACAGAGUUCAACUGAGUUAAUUUGAUGUGUAUAAUGACAGAUACAACAUCACAAAGAAAAGGUAAAAAAACCAAAAUCUCCUUUUAUUUUUACAACAGUUCAUACAGGUGUUUUUGGCUGGACUUCAGAAGAGCACCCUUUCUUAUUUGGGGUUUCAGUCACAAUUACUGUGCAAAUAGCUUAAGUAGAGGUUGUGAAGAUGGUGUUAUUUAAUUUCCUUUACUGUCAUAUGGAAAUGUACAAAAGAGUGUCCCCUGUAUAUUAAAAUAUAUACAUUAUACCUCUUGCAGAAUUCGAUUGCAGGAGGAUUACUAUUUACUUGUCUUGGCAAAUAUUUGAGGUGCAAUCUGAAAAACUGGUAAUUGACAGCAGAGACAUAAGCUCUGGUCUUUACUUAAGCCAGAAUCUUAGGAUAUUAAAAUACGAGAUAUUUAUAUGCCUAAUUUUCAUUGAUGUGAGGUGCCCAAAUAGCUCAGCAAUGUGUAUCUUAAGCAGGUUUGUGCACUACCUGAAGUCAGUGGGAACAGCACCAAGGAAUUCAAUGGACAAGGCUCAAACAUUUAUACAGGAAAAUUAAUGAUCUCUAGUACAGUUGGGGAGGGAGGGUGAUGGUAAAAAGGAACAAUGCUUCCUCUUGCAGGUGUCCUGAACAAAGGGAGAAAGGGAAGGUGAGAUUAUUUAGCAGUAAAAAUUCUGGAAAAUAACUGGGGGGGUGGGGAGGAGAAAAUACUCAUAAAGCAUCUUUUAAUUACAAGUUUUCAUCUGAUGCUUUCUUUUUCAUAGAACUGUGUCAAAGUCUCCACUUAAUACAAUAGAAGGAACAUCUGUCCAUUUAUCACUAGGAGGAUUCUGUCUGUUUUCUUACAAUGUACCCUUUAUUUAAAUAUUCAGUCCCUUCUCCACUUCUUGUACUGUUGUUUUAUGAUUUUUUGGAAGUUGAUGCUCCAACAGCUCCCAUGCAAGCCGAUGUGUCACAAAUUCCUGGAGUUCCCUGAGCCCCAAUAGCACCAGGAGUACCAGGAUCCCCUGGAAGACCGGGUUCACCCUGAGCACCAUCCCGACCGUUUUUAGUAAUUCCAGGUACACCAGGUGGUCCUAAACAAGAAGGGGAGAAAGAUUACAUUAAUUAUUAACCUUUUUUCAUUUUUCAUUUAAUAUGUGUGUGUGUUACUUUUAGAGUUCUUAAAAUAUUUUGAGUGUCUGUACAUCAGACUUGUUAUGGCCUGUUGAGUACAAGGUGUUGAAUAAAUUUAGCCUGAAUCUGCA